AGACGAAAGAAGUAUAGGAAAACAAGAACACAAUGGGAAAUUGGAUUGUUAACCACUGGGUCUCUGCUGUGGUACUGGCCACCUGGUUGGGACUGAACAUCUUCCUAUUUGUAUAUUACUACAUGGUCUUUGAGAAGGGAGAACAAUAUGCAUAUACAAGAGUGCUAUUGGGGUCCGCUCUGGCUUGGGCCCGUGGUUCAGCUGCUUGCCUCAACUUCAACUGUCUUCUCAUCCUGUUACCUGUGUGUCGGAAUCUUUUGUCAUUUUUGCGAGGCACCUGCUCGUGCUGUCAGCGCUCAAUCAGGAAACAACUUGAUAAUAAUUUAGCAUUUCACAAACUCCUUGGAUAUACUAUUGCUCUGAUGACAGCUGUUCAUACCAUUGCACACUUACUUAACGUGGAGUGGUUCUACGAUGGGAUACUGAGUCCGGAUACCACUCUAAAAGGAAAGUUAUCAAUCAUUGGGGAAAAUGAAGGAUGGGUGAACCCUAUGAGAUCCAAGGAACAGACACCAUCCUAUAUUGUAUUCACAACCAUUGCUGGUAUAACGGGCGUAGUUAUCACUCUGGCGCUGAUAGUUAUGAUUACCUCCUCCACGGAGUUCAUCCGUAGAAGCUUCUUCGAGGUUUUCUGGUACACACACCACCUCUUUGUCGUCUUUUUUGUGGGUCUUCUGAUUCAUGGAGUUGGACGUCUUGUACGAGGACAGACACCUGACAGUAUGAAACAAAAUGUUUAUUCAUCCUGUAAAGACAAGUUCAUGGAAUGGAAACAGGUUACCCCAAACAGCAAUGAGGAAGAUGAUAAUCAAUGCCUCGUACCCGUUUUCCAAGGCAAUGAUCCUAUGACUUGGAAGUGGAUUUUAGCACCAAUAAUUCUAUAUGUUUUUGAACGUAUUCUGAGGUUUUAUCGAUCUCAACAGAGAGUUGUUGUGACAAAGGCUGUCAGUCAUCCAUCUAAGGUUCUUGAGAUUCAGAUGAAAAAACAAGGAUUUAGUAUGGAAGUGGGGCAAUACAUCUUUAUCAACUGCCCAACAAUUUCUACAUUGGAAUGGCAUCCAUUCACUCUAACCUCGGCCCCGGAAGAAGACUUCUUCUCUGUGCACAUCCGCUCUGCAGGGGACUGGACUGAGAAACUGAUUCAGGACUUUCAGGAGAAAGCAGAUAACACACCACGACUGGAGGUUGACGGUCCAUUUGGGACAGCUAGUGAGGAUGUUUUCAAGUACGAGGUCAGCAUGCUGGUUGGUGCUGGGAUCGGGGUCACUCCCUUUGCAUCCAUCUUGAAAUCCAUUUGGUACAAGCUUCAAAAAGAGGAUCAACGGCUAAAAACCCAAAAGAUCUAUUUCUACUGGAUCUGUCGAGAUACUGGAGCAUUUGCCUGGUUUGCUGAUCUUCUUCGCUCUCUUGAGCAAGAAAUGAUCUCCUCUGGAAAAGAUGGAUUCCUUAAUUACAGACUCUUUCUCACCAAUUGGGACAGCAGCAUUGCUGGACAUGCCAUCGUUCAUUUUGAUGAAGCAACUGAUGCAGUUACAGGACUGAGACAGAAAACGAGUUACGGACGACCACUUUGGGAAAAUGAGUUUUCCAUGGUGUCAGAAGCCCACCCAAGAUCUACAGUGGGUGUAUUUCUUUGUGGACCAAGUGCACUUGCAAAGAAUCUACAGCAAUGUUGCCACCAGUUUUCUAGCAUGGAUCCAAGGAAAGUACAAUUCUACUUCAAUAAGGAGAACUUCUGAGUAUUCCUGUUUACAGGCAAGUGCAAGGCAAAAAUCUGGAGAAAAAAAAACGCCAAUAAUUUGGAUGGAAUACUGAGUGAAACAGAGUGAAAAUAUUAUUUAUGAUGACAUUGGAAUGUCUUCCAAGCUGCAUGUAAAAGGACAUCAAAGACGUACACUAUUCCAAUUUUUACAUUAAAACAACCUGACUCCUGUCACUGCCAGUUUAUGAAGGGAAAACAACACUUAACCCCUUAAGGACACGGCUUCAGAAGUAAAAUGCCAACAUGACGCGAAAGUUCCAUCAUGUGUCCUUAAAGGGACAACCCAGACCCCUAAAGCACUUUAGCUUGCUGAAAAUCUUUAUAUUUGAAGAGAUUGUCCUCUUUUUUUUUCAUUUUGGAAGUAGUGCAGAUUUCAAUAGAAAUUGACACUUUUAUGAAUUUCACUGGUUACACCCCCUGGCUUUUCAAGCAGACAACAGAUCAACAGGCCCAGAGCACCUGCCUUGCAAACAUUUCUUAUCGAGCUGCAUUGGGAAGUCUGUGAUUAGACAGAAACAGAAAGUCUGGGCAAGGUUAGAAGAGGGAUGCAAAGACAAAUUAAAUGCAUGCAAGUUUUCAUUUGCGGUAUAUCUACUAAACAGUGAUUUUUAUUUAUAUUGUAUUUGGGCAGUGGAGUGUCCCUUUAAGGGCUUAAAGGCAGUGAGUUAAAUUUAGUAGAGGACAUUUUUUGUUACUUUGUGUUUUGAAAUUCCUUCUACGUUUGACAUUUCAUUUGUUCCUCUGCAUUAGAAAAUCCGUCAUGUUAUGUUCUUAGACCUUCUAAAAAAUGUUUCAUGAAACAGCGCUGGGGCCGUUAAAACAGAACAUAGUAGAAUGAUGUGCCUGUUAUAAGCCACCAAUGUUGACAACUGCAACAUUUACAUUAUACAUCUUACAUAGUGAUAUAUGUUGAAAAAACAUUAAACUCUGUCAAGA